CUUUUCGAUAAUCAAUACAUAGUGCGAAUUUAUUCUGCCAAUUCCGAAUCUUCGCUAAUAGUAAUCAGAAUAACGCUGUGAAAGGAUGGUCUUGUAGAUAUUUUAGAACUUGUAUAUAGAUAGCCACGGACGAACUUUGAGGUAUCUGGCAUUUAUAGUGGACAUUCCACCUAGCAAUUCAGCAAGGGUCCAAAUGACUACAAAUAGUAGAACAUCAAUCUGGAAACGGCAUAUUAACCAACACAAUCUCACAAGAGCAACAAACUACCUAUCUUUAGACAAGCAAUGGCACCACUUCUAAAUAACACGCCCCUACCUGGUUCACUAUCUCUGCACGAUAUCCCCAGCGACAAUACAGUUUUCAAAUAUGAAACUGAUGUGAAGCAGUUGGUCCAGGCCCUCAGUCCACUUGUAAGAAAGUCACCGAAGCAGAUCGAGAAACUUCUUUCUCAGUCCCCUCGCAUCAAUGAUACACAUACCGCAGCAAACGCUCCAGUUCUCUUAGUGCACGGAUUCUUCGGCGAGGGACAAGACUAUUACUGGUGGAACGGUAUGAAACACCAUCAUAAUGUAAUCGUUAGCGACAUCGGCCCAAUAAGCUCGCAGCACGAUCGAGUAUGCGAGCUUUUCUAUCAAAUGGUAGGGGGCACUGUGGAUUAUGGGGAAGAGCAUUCGCAAAAAUGUGGUCAUGCUCGCUACGGACGUACAUUCAAAACACCUGCUUAUGCAGAAUGGUCAUCUGAGAACCCGAUACACAUCAUUGGCUACAGUUUUGGAGGAAACACGGCGCGUGCACUACAGCAGUAUCUGCACGAACAACGCUUCCCGGGGUACGACACAGCAGCUGACUGGAUAUUCAGUCUCACUGCGAUAGCAGCGCCCCUCAACGGAGCGUCGAUCGUUCAUGAUGUUGCGGGCCUAAGUAUUGGCGAAUCGAGUUCAUUUCGGGCAUUGGCACCAGGUAAAUUGCUUGAAAGGGCUUUUCGAUUGUACGAUUGGAUGGAUAUCUCAGUGCUCAGAAAUAACCUUUAUAAUCCAUACUUCGCACAUUUUGGAAAAACUGGGCGAACUGAGGCCGAUUCCUGGAGUGAGUGGUUUUCUAUGCUUGGCGCGUCCAUAUGGAAUACUCCCAUGGAGAACUCUUACGAUCAUGGCUUAUAUGACAUGACACCCGGGAAAUGCUCGCGAAUGAACGACAAGAUGGUGGAUGCUUUCGACUGCACUUACUAUUUCAGCUUUACUAAAACACUCACUGAAGAGUCUUCUUGGAGUGGCAUACACAUGCCCACCACAGCGACCCUUCUUUCACCCGUAGGAGCUUUCCUAGGGAUGCAUAACUACGACGUAAAAUCAUUGCAAACAAUGUAUCCCAACCUGGACGUAAGUACUGAAGAGAAAGUAGCGGCCAUCAACAAUGGAUUGCGUCGCAAUGACUGCGUUGUGCCGACAGUGUUGCAAAGUCACCCUGGAUUGUGCUUCACCCAUGCCGAUCAAUCCGUAGAAACUAGCAAUUAUCUCAAUGGGCUAGUCGGAACCCACGAAGACGGCACUGCGAAGUGUGCAUGCGCGCAUAAAGCUACCUUACAGGAGCAUGGAGACAAUUUGCAAACAGGGAAGUGGUACGUCACCGAUUAUAACAACAUGGAUCACGGUGCUCUGGUCAUGACUGUCUCUGACCUGAAUGUUCAGAAAAUAUUCUUCAAAUCACUAUACUCGAAAUUGCGGGCACUGCCGAUGCCGUCUGAAGAGAACUAUCAUUCCCUCUGAUAUGUCUACUUACAUUGAAUAUUACGGAAAGUCAAUAAUUAGUAUUUCAAUUGAAAUAAACACCAAUAACGUUCUGAAAGAGAAGCUGGGGUAAUAUUCAUUUAAAAUGAAAAUAUAGUUGCCG